AUGUCUGUUUUCACCAAGGAGGCUUUCCAGAUGUCGGCCAUGCCCUCGCCUGCUUCGACCGCGCCCAACUCUACUCUCCCUUCGCGUCGUGGCUCCAUCGCCGGUGCCUCGGGUGCUUCGACUCCCGCCCUCGAGAACCCCCACAUCAUUGAGAUCAACGUCGACUCGGUCCUCUUUGACAUGGACGGCACCCUCAUUAACUCGUCGCCCGCUGUCGUCAAGGCUUGGGAGCUGUUUGCUGCCAAGUACCCUCUCGACCUCGACGACAUUCUCCACUCGGCCCACGGCUACCGCACCAUUGACGCUCUCCGCAAAUGGUGCUCGAUCCCUGAGGACGAGCUCCCCGAGGAGGUGAUGCGUUUCGAGACUGCCAUCCUCACCAACGCCGAGGAGAUCGGCAAGGCCUCCGGUGGCGCUUCGGGCAUUCAGGUUCUUCCCGGUGUCGAAAAGCUCCUCAACGACCUUUCCUCCGACCGUCAUCUCCGCAACGGCGAGGAGAAGUGGGCCAUCUGCACCUCAUCGACCAAGUUCUACGCCGGCCAGGCACUCCCCAUUGCCGGCCUCACCACCCCAGAGAUCUUCGUCACCGCCGACUCCGUCCAGCGCGGAAAACCCUUCCCUGACCCGUACCUCCUCGGCGCCGACGGUUGCAACGCUUCGCCUUUCGACUCGAUUGUCGUUGAAGACGCGCCUACUGGAAUCCGAGCUGGCAAAGCGGCUGGGUCGUUUGUGUUGGCUACUUGCACCUCGCACUCGCGCGAGGACCUCGAGAAGGAAAGCCCGGACUUUUUGGUCGAGGAUUUGACCAAGGUGACCGCCACUUGGGAUGCCGCCACUUCCUCCUUCAAGCUCAUUAUUGAGCAGCCCGUUGGCCGCCUGGGCCCUCGUGUCACUCCCGACAGCACCCCUCUGGUGACUCCUGCCGGCUCGCGCGCGGCCUCGUUCUCGGGCGACCGCCAGCGUCUGGCCCGCUCGAUCGCUCCCACCGGCGAGCUUACUGGCAACGACAGCGUCGUUGGCUCUCCCGUUCCCUCGCGCCCUGGCUCCCCCUCGUUCGGCGACAAGGCUGCCGAGCGCAGGGCAAGCAACGGCGCCGCUGCCAACAUCUCUCUCGAGGCAUUCAAGCGCGCUCUGGCCGGAAACGCCAACAAGGUCCGCGAGCUCGCCGCCGAGGAGUGA